GGCCGGGUCCAUUUAUGCUGCCCGGCCGGAGCUGAGCUUCCAGUACCGCAGACGCUGGGGUGCCGGACUGCGAUGUUCUCAUGGAGCUUGUCGGCGCGGCGCACUUUUGCUCACGUUUCCUUUCACAAUGCACUUAGGACUUCAGUAAGAUGUUUGUGUAUUUUGAGAUUAUCCUUUUCUCCCUCGCCUUCAUCGUCUGCGACUUUGUGUAUGCGCAGGAUUCCUCAUGCUGUCACCAUGCUGCAGAAUUGUCACCUUGUAGAGAAGCCUGCGAGCAGCUGCCUGUGAUAAAAAGUGAAUCCCGCUUGAAACACCUUCUCCAGCGAUUACCCAGUUAUUGCCCCGAGUCUAUGCAUGAACUUUGGAUCUGCAUCAACUCCACGUUGCCGGGGGCGUCCAGGAAGUUGGACAGCUGGGUGGGCCUUGGAUGCUGCGAGCUGGCCAUCUCUGCAGACUGUCGCCGUCAAUGCACGCUGGCAUCAUCCAAGAAUGACAUCAUUAAAGUAUGCAAAAAAGACUCGGAGAAACCCCUGUACAGCUGCAUCACCAAAAAUGAAAUGGGCUCCGUGUGCUGCAGCUACGCAGGAAGACACACCAAUUGCCGGGAGUUUUGCCAGGCCAUCUUCCGCACUGACUCCUCCCCCAGCGUCUCCCAGAUCAAGACCGUCAAGGAGUAUUGCCAGGACGUUAGCCCUCAGCUGAUUGGCUGUGUGGGAAACUACACCAAGUCGUACCCAAUCAGGAGCCCUGUUGACAGUUUGUUCUGCUGCGACCGGGCGGAGGACGCUCAUUGCCAGAGCGCAUGUCGCCGCAUCCUGCGGACACGCACCACGGAGCAGGAGAUCAUCGAUGAACUGAUCGCCGAGUGCCGCCGGCAGCCCCUGCCCCAGGACCCGCUGUGGCAGUGCUUCCUGGGAAGCGCGCACUCGCCGCCCAUCAGCGACCCCGACCCCCCUUCCACCGCCAGAGUGGACUGCGCCAAGCUGCACUGCUGCUCCAAAGCCAAUACCUCAUUCUGUAGGGAGGAGUGCCAGGAGGUCAGCACCAACUGGGGGAGCCAGACCUGGCAGGAAUUCGACCAGAUGUGCGAGUACAACCCCGUGGAGGCGGAGCUGGUGACCUGCCUGGCUGACAUCCGUGAGCCAUGCCAGCUGGGCUGCAAGGACCUCACCUACUGCACCAAUUUCAACAACAGGCCAACGGAACUGUUCCGCAGCUGCAAUGCCCAGUCUGACCAGGGGGCAAUGAACGACAUCAAGCUGUGGUCCAACGGCUCCAUCCACAUGCCCUUUAUGAGCAUCCCAGUGCUGGACAUCAGGCGGUGCCGGCCCGAAAUGUGGAAGGCGGUGGCCUGCUCGCUGCAGAUUAAGCCCUGCUACAGCAAAUCACGCGGAAGCAUCAUCUGCAGGUCAGAUUGUGUGGACAUUCUGACCCAGUGCGGCGACCGCCGGCGAUUCCAGGAGGGACAGACUCCGGAACGCAUCUGUGACAUGCUGUCGCCCACCGACGACCCUGAGCGCUGCAUCCCGCUGGAGAGAUACCUCAGCCCCAGUACGCUGAAGGACGUCAUGGAGGAGGUCCUACACCCCUGCAAUCCAAACCCCUGCCCCCUCAACCAGCUGUGCGAGGUUAACAGGAAGGGCUGCCGUCCAGGCCAGGAGUGCCUGCCCUACCUCUGCGUGCCAGGCUGCAAGCUGUGUGAGGGCUCAGAGUUCCUGGUUCACAUGGAGACGCUGAUCCAGGUACCCUCACUCAACGGCCAAGCCGGCUGCUACGAACUCUGUGUCUGUGGGCAGAGCGGCCGGCUGGAGAGCUGUAUGGAGAUACCCUGUGUGGACACCUCCAGGACCUGCACCGUGGGAGGCCAGAGAAAAAAUCACGGGACGUCGUUCAUGGUGGACUGUCAGCCGUGUUCCUGCUAUGCUGGGGACGUCAUCUGCUCCAAGCGGCAGUGCCUCAGCACGGACAGCUCUGAGGACGAGCGACGUCGCUUCACAGGCCUCCCGUGUCACUGUCCCGACCAGUUUGUGCCGGUGUGUGCCUGGAACGGCCGCACUUACCCCAGCGCCUGCGUGGCGCGGUGCAUGGGCCUUCAGGACAGUCAGUUCCAGUUCGGCUCUUGCCGGGACCACUGGCCCUGUUCCCCGAACCCCUGCCCAAAGAACCAGAGAUGUAUCCCAAAACGGAGGGUGUGCCUCUCCAACAUCACCGAGUACCCCUGCAGGCAGUAUGAGUGUGUCAGCAGCCCGCUCAGCUGCGAUAAGACCCAGCUGGACCCCGCGUGCGAUGCCGCCAAUGUGGAGCACUCUAACCUCUGCCUUCUCUACCAAAGAGGGAAGACCCCAGCCUACAUGGGCCACUGCCAGGACGCCUGCAGGCUCUCGCGCCCGGUUUGCGGCCACAACGGCGAGACCUACACCACGGUGUGCGAGGCCUACUCAGACCGUGUGGCUGUCGACUACCAUGGGCGCUGCCAUGUCGUGGGCACGGUAUCUGAGUUCUCCUCCGACUCUGGCUGUGGUGCUGUGCGCUGUCCCCCCCUCUCCACCAUGGACUGCAAUCCGGUCACUCCCCCCGGGGCCUGCUGCCCGCUUUGCGCUGGAAUGCUGCGGAUCGUGGUCAACAGCGGCCAGAUGGACGUCUUCGCGAAGCUGAACGACGACCAGCCGGUCACCGUCCAUGACAUCCUGCGGAUCCUGAGGCUACACGUCUCCGUCCCGCAGUGCGACGUCUUCGGCUACCUGAGCAUCGACUCGGAGAUCGUGAUCCUCAUAGUGCCCGUGGACCAGCAGCCUACUCCCCUGCAGAUCGAAGCCUGCAGUAAGGAGGCUGAGAAGAUCGACUCCCUGAUCAACUAUGGCAGCCCCUCCCUCAUGUCCCACGUACCCCUCUCCGCAUUCCUGACCUCGGAGGUGAAGGUCUCCACCAUCAACUCGUCAGGUCUUCAUGCAGCCAGGGCCCAGGUCUUCAGCCUCCUCCUGAUGGUGGUCCUGGACCUUGGAGGCACCUAGCUAUCACCUCCCUGCAGCUUCCUGCAGUUGGAUGCUGAAUAUGAACCCUGCACAUGCUUUCAAUCCAGACAGGAAGCUCUCCCUUCCCUUGACAAUCAGCAUCACUCCUAAGCUGACCAAUCACUUUGUGUAUAAAGAGCAGCUGGUGCCAGCAGCAAUCAAAGGGGUCCAAUAGAAAGAAUGGCCGAGUCUCAGACCUUGUUUUUAAAUAACAUUGUAGCACUUUGUCCACGAGAGGGACCAAGCAGCACUGCCUCUCUGUGGGGAGGUCACCUCUGAGUGACAGACUGACACUCCCCCACAGGUCCAGCUUUCAUUCAGGUUUUACAUAAAGGUUAGGAACGCUAUACAGGAACGGGGGCGGGCAGAAACAUGAAGCGCAAUAUUCUGGAAGGAAAAAAAUGGAUCCGUGCUAAUCUUUAUAUGCCAUACCAAUGAAUUUUAUCUGGGAAUGAAGAACUAUAGUCAUGUUCAUAGAAGUGAAAAACAGCAUUUAUCGAAUAAGCCCAAAGUAUAUGCUGAAUAUCUAUAUAACUUAAUGCAAUAUUUUUAUAAUGUUGUUGAAAAUCCGAAUGGUUAUAUUUUGAAAAGUGGCGCAAGCCUGACGUUCUUGUAUCAAUGUAACUGUCAUUAUUCUUGCAUGCUGAUGUGCGUAUCUUGUCGUUUGUCAUGUUCCCUUAAGUCUUCUGCCUAAGGUGGCUCCCCUGUCUCACUGUUACUGUUACCUUUAUUUGUUUUAUGUUGUGUUGGUUUUUUUUAAUGGUCUAUUUCCCGUUUUUCGAUAUUAAAUGCAAUCGUGCGGAUAAUAUAGUAACCUGAGCACUUAA